AUGGAUCGAGCUCACAAGUGUGCCUUUUACACUGGUAUCGAUCUCGACCGCCACCACGUGCGCAGCACGCACCGCAAGGCUCCCAAGAGCGACAAUGUGUACCUCAAGCUUCUCGUGAAGCUGUACCGCUUCUUGACCCGUCGCACCGACUCCAACUUCAACAAGGUCAUCCUGCGCCGUCUCUUCAUGUCGCGCAUCAACCGCCCUCCCGUCUCCAUCUCCCGCAUUGUCGGUAACUUGGACAAGGAGGACAAGCGCACCGUCGUCAUCGUCGGCACCGUCACUGACGACAACCGUCUCCUGACCGUCCCCAAGCUGACCGUCGCUGCCCUGCGCUUCACCGCCACCGCCCGCGCUCGCAUCACCGCUGCCGGCGGCGAGGCUAUCACCCUCGACCAGCUUGCCCUCCGCGCCCCCACCGGUGGCAACACCCUCCUCCUCCGCGGACCCAAGAACUCCCGUGAGGCCGUCAAGCACUUCGGCAUGGGUCCCCACAAGCACAAGAAGCCCUACGUCGAGUCCAAGGGCCGCAAGUUCGAGAAGGCCCGUGGUCGCAGAAGGUCCCGCGGUUUCAAGGUCUAA